AUGAAAGACAGAGGCACACUGGUGUCCAUUUCAGAUCAGCACAAAAUGGGUGACGCAGUCUUUGGUGUAUACAGAACGCAUGAAGAGUUUGUUCAAGCAGCGCUGCAGGCCAAGCACCCCAUUGAUUUUGCAUGCAGUUUUCCUGAAUUGCUUGUGAAGAACAUUGCAAAGGUCCUCAAUGACGGGCCCAAACUAGUGAAUGCCAGGAGAAAGCUUGAGGUGCUCAAGGUUAAAAAGCUUGCGGUGCAAUUGGAAAGUGAAGAACAGAAGCUGCAUCAACAAUUGAAUCCAGAAAUGGCUAAGCUGCUGGAGGGCAAACGCUUAUUGUUGUGGAAAGAGCUGAUGCUGCGUACUGGGUAUGACGACCCAACUUUAUUUGACGAAAUGUUGAGUGGUUUCAAACUGGUGGGACAAGCAAAGGUCUCCCCACAAUUUCCUCGUGGCUUUUCAUCCAUGCAACAAUCGCCGGAAGAGCUGCGGCGCAAAAGCCUCUGGAUGCGUAAGGCCAACUUGGCUAAAUGCAAGUCAAGCGGUCGGAAGGAGCUGGACAAGUUGGUAUGGCAACAAACUUUGGAAGAAUGCGACGCUGGCUGGAUGCAUGGACCCUAUGACGAGAGGCAAAUCUCAGACAUGGUGGGAUCUAAUGAUUGGUUAGCCACAAGGCGUUUUCCACUGGAGCAGAAGGACAAAACAAGACUGAUUGAUGAUGCGUUGGCAUCAGGGCUCAAUUCGGCAUAUGGCACCAGCAACAAGCUGACCUUGUUUGACAUUGACACUUUGGUGGCUAUGGUGCUACAAGCUGCCCGGGCAAUGCAACAGAAAUCGGGCACCAUUACCACCUCUGUGUACGUGUCAGUGUCUGCUCUAUGGAGCCAGCCACUACAACUGGUGGGCAGGACGCUGGACCUGCAAUCGGCGUACAAACAGGACUUGUUUUCCGCCGUCGAGAACAACCAGACUAUAGGCCUCUGGACUGCUUCAAGUCGCGCAGCGCAAAGUUGUGCCUUGAUUACCGACCUAGCGCAGGGCGCAGGCGCAGGCGUCAAAGGAAAACCAAUCCGGUCGCGACUUUCCGACCUAGCGCACAGCGCGGGCGUGAAAUUUGCAAUGGAUGCGCCAGCUCCAAACGCAGCUGCGCCAGCUGCAAUGAAUCCGCUGGCUCCCGACGCAGCGCAGGGCCUGCUGACGCCGCAGGACUGGCAAGAAAAAACGUAUUGUGCCCGCAUCCUCCUCCGAGAUGGCUCCGAAAUGGAAGUCCAGGCCACCAAGGCAGGCAUGGAGCAAUGGAGAAACUUGCCCAAGUACGUGGCGCACACAGCCGAAAUCACCAGGACCGUGAUCAAACCCUACAAAGCCGAAGAGAAGACCGGGAUUCGCAGCGAAUUCUACAGCGGAAACAUGCAUGGAUGGGAUGACAGUCUCAAGCCGGAGCUGGCAGUGGCAUGUUUAUAUGCGCGGGUCGUACUGCAGAAUGCUCAACCUCGCACCUUAACAGUGGACGAUGAGCAGACACCUGUGCUCGUCUUCUCCGAUGGGGCCUGGGAGCCGGGCUCACCAAAACCGGCAGGAGCUGGGCUUGUGAUCGUGGAUCCCAUUACUAGAACAAAACUAGCUUGCGAAGUGGCAGUGCCUGGACCCUUAGUAGAUCACUGGAGGGAUAUGUGCAAGUCACAAAUCAUUGCGGAACUUGAGCUGCUGCCGGUCGUGGUUUUCUUUUCUGAAUUUGGCCAACUCUGCCGAAAGAGACGAGUGCUGGUUUUUGUUGAUAACAAUGCCAUACGAGACUCGGUGGCGAAAGGGACAUCCAAGUCUUUGUCGGUGCUUGUUCUACUUUCAGAGUUGCAUCGCCUUUGGAAUGAACUACAGUGCCUCUGUUGGAUAUCAAGGGUGCCUACCAAGUCCAACAUAGGCGACCUACCUUCCAGGCAGCAGCCUGAAGAAGCAGCUAGGAUCAUUGGAGGCCAGACCAUCCCUCCGGUAAAUCCAAGUGCCAAGCUUUGUAACUUGGUGUGCGGUGCAGUGAGUUUUGUGGCGCACAUGAAAGAGUACCUCAAGUGA